AUUUUGAAAGGACGUACCGGAACCUCUAUUGUUUCUGUGGCUGCUUCCAUCAGGCUAGAAGCCCAACAACGUGGAGAAGAGGAUGUGGGCAUGCUGACAUCGGCAAGCCAGAGGUUUGACUGGAAGACGACCGCAGUCCGCCUGACGAACACAGGACAGCGGCCAUCGCGACCUCCGAGACAUGUAACUAGUUCCGAAGAGCCCCAUGAAGCUCAGCCAGUCACGGUGCCUCCCGAGACUUUCUCUCAUGAGGGGGCGUUGCUCUCGAAAGCUUGGUGGGCUGGCCAAGGCUGGCUUCCUGCUCUGUGUGGUAUGGCUGGGCUACCUUCUGUUAGCGCGCUCCUCGUUCCCCACCUCUUCCUCUCCGGAGGAGAAAGCUGAGGACCUCAACGUUCAGGCGAGACAGCUCUCCAUAGAGGAGACCGGGGCGCAAGGGCAGCUGGCAAGGCCCGUCUACGUGAAGCCAUCACCGGACCACAACGCUCCGGGGGAGAUGGGUCGGGCCACGCGCCUCAACCUCAGCCCUGCCGAGAAGAAACAGGAACUGGACAGUGUGGAGAGCUACGCUAUCAAUAUCUAUAUCAGUGAUAAGGUUUCCCUCCAUCGGCACAUCCAGGACAACAGGAUGAGCGAGUGCCGAAAUAAGAAGUUUGAAUAUCGGCAUUUACCCACAACCUCUGUGAUCAUCGCCUUCUACAACGAGGCCUGGUCCACCCUGCUGAGGACGGUUCACAGUGUGCUGGAGAGCACGCCUGCCAUCCUGCUGAAAGAGAUCAUCCUCAUUGACGACUACAGUGAUCGAGGCUACCUGAAAUCCCAACUCGCUGACUACAUCAGUAAUCUGGAUCGCGUGCGGCUCAUCCGCACCAACAGGAGGGAGGGUCUGGUCCGGGCUCGUCUCAUUGGGGCCACCUCUGCGACCGGAGAUGUUCUGACGUUUCUGGAUUGCCACUGUGAGUGUAUCCCUGGUUGGAUUGAGCCUCUGCUGGAAAGGAUUGGUGAGAAUGCCAGUACCAUUGUGUGCCCUGUGAUCGACACCAUUGACUGGAACACCUUUGAGUAUUACAUGCAAACGGAUGAGCCGAUGAUCGGAGGGUUUGACUGGAGACUCACCUUCCAGUGGCACCCAGUCCCCGAAGUGGAACGCGAGAGGCGCAAGUCUCGCAUUGACCCCAUCAGGUCUCCGACAAUGGCAGGUGGUUUGUUUGCGGUGAGCAAGGCCUACUUUGAGCAUCUGGGCACAUAUGACAUGGGCAUGGAGGUGUGGGGAGGAGAAAACCUGGAGCUCUCCUUCAGGGUGUGGCAGUGCGGGGGCAGCCUGGAGAUCCACCCUUGCUCUCACGUGGGCCAUGUGUUCCCCAAAAAGGCCCCUUAUGCACGGCCCAACUUCCUCCAGAAUACCGUCCGAGCUGCGGAGGUUUGGAUGGACUCUUAUAAACAGCACUUCUACAACAGGAAUCCGCCGGCCAAAAGGGAGACCUACGGGGAUAUCUCAGAGCGCCUGCUGCUGAGGGAGAGGCUGCACUGCAACAGCUUUGACUGGUAUCUGAAGAAUAUCUACCCGGAACUGCAUGUUCCCGAGGACAGAAAGGGCUGGCACGGGGCUGUGCGAAGCUCCGGAAUAAACUCGGAGUGUCUGGACUACAACUCCCCGGAGCACAAUCCCACAGGUGCCCACAUUUCUCUGUUUGGCUGCCACGGCCAGGGAGGCAACCAGUACUUUGAGUACACAACUCAAAGGGACAUCCGCUUCAACUCCGUGACAGAGCUGUGUGCUGAAGUAACCGAGGGACAGACCUCCAUCAAUAUGAGGAACUGCCUUAAAGAUGGGGAGCUCAUACCUCCCAGUAUCACCUGGAACUUCAGAACGGACGGCACCAUCUACCACCCUCACUCGGACAUGUGUGUGACAGCCUACCGCACACCAGAGGGCCGCACUGACACCCAGAUGAGGCGGUGCACCCCGGGGGAUACAAACCAGCAGUGGAAGUUUGAGUGGUAGAAGGAGGAAGUAAGAAAGUAGCAGGGAACCCUCAAGUGACCUUCGAUUACCAGAGUGCAAUUACUACGGCGGUUGUCUUCCAGCGGGAAUGGAGAGCAAAGGAAAGGUGGCGAAACAGUCACUUUAAGCCAAUGAAUCGCCCGAGUCGGAGCUUUUGAAUGACUGAAUACGUGCAGAUUGUGGAAGAAUGAACGAGAGUUGCCAGGCGAUGAUAAUUUGGUCUUCUGAAGGAGACUGGCUGAACUAGAGACUUUUACUUUUGUGUUCCUUCAUCAAAGUGCCUCUGCAACCAAAAUGGAGUCAAGGGCACAUGUUAUGUGUCAUUAUUGUCUCUAACGCAACGACUUGAAAGCAGUGGGACUGAUUUGACUGUCCAGCACAUGAAGAAGUGCCUUUUUAAGGAGAUUGAAGCGUUUUCGGGGAAAAAAAACGAGGCGCAAAAUCACGCUGCACUACAAAAUGUUCCUGAUGUGCAAUUAAGAUGAAUUAUUACUGUAAAAUCAUCAUGUUUGGGAAGUGAAGUGCAAAAGAACCCAUUUUAAUAAAAACGGGCUGCUCAAAGAAGGCGUGCCAGGAAUGUAUGGUCAGCAGCUACUUGCCACAACGUGCUGCAUCAUGUGAGCGGGAAGAGAGCGCUGCGGUCGCACUAGACUGCUUCUCAAUUUCAUCUCCUGUCUGUGGAGACAGUUUCAUGGCCGAAUGCCACCCCAACAAGACUUGAAGCAUUCAUUAAGUAUUUGUACUAAGUGUAAUUUGGCCCAUCGGGCUUAGUGAGUUGACGGGAAUGUUUUAAUCUAUUCUUCCCUGUUGUGUAAAAUUGAGAAUACCCACUAAACUCAUUUGUCACUGUGCCUUGAAAGGUUGUCACUCUUAAAAUCUACUGUUUUUUUACCGAGGUAAAAUGUGCCAGAGAAUGUCAAAUGUAUGUAGAAAUGUGUUUGAAUGCUAAAAACUAAAACAGCUCUGGCUUGAUGCACUUGGUUUGAUUCCAACACAGAACCCUUAAAGGGAGAGACAUUUUUAAUUCAAUCAUUCGAGUUGGCAGACUGUUUGUUGAGACUCCAGUGUGUAAACCGUACUUGAAGAAGCGUCCACAGAACACUUGUGGUUUGUUGAAGACCUAUUGGCCUUUCCACUGGGAUUCAGUGACCAAGAGAUGCAUUGUUGUUUAAAUGUUUGUUAAAUUGCAGCUGAAUUUUCCGAAGACUGCUCAUCGCUGACCAAUGUUUGGUGUCUGGGAUCCUUUAAAAUUAAUAAAAUUAAAUAUUCCUUUUAGUCAAUGGAUACAUAAGAUAAACAUAUUUUGUGUUUUGGAAAUAAUGUUUGUUUUAAGGGACCAAAGUGGGACAGUGCAAACGUAAAGCACCUUUUUAAAACUACUGAUAAUGCAGAAGGGAUGGUGAUUAUUUGAUAUGAAGAAGAGAGUGACUAAAAUGGGAUGGAUGUUUCAAUGAUGAUAAAAGCUAUUUGGUGACAGAGAAUAAUUAAAAAAACUAACCACA